AUGUUUAUAUGGUAGUGUAUCAGAGGCAGCAGCUCAAUCAGUGUUGGCUACACCCCCUUCCAACACCCUCUCACUCACCCCUACACCUGUGGCUAUCACACGUCAACGACCAAUACGUGGAAAAGGUCACUAUCAACAGGUGUACGAGCCAAUAGGUAAUUAACAUCUCAGUUGAGGAGUGAGGUACAUUAAGGAAGAGUAAUAAGCAUCAUGUAUGCAUGGAGAGUGGGACUGUUGGUGCUGGUGUGCGCCUUGGUGUGGGGGAUAGCAUCAGCACACACACACCACCUUCACAACGCACAAAAAGAGAGGGAGGCCGACGGGGCGAGGAGUCCACGCGACCACGGGCACUACGUUGAUGGCGAACACAACACGGACUUCGAUCAUGAGGCUAUUCUUGGGAGUGCCAAAGAUGCAGAGGAGUACGACCAGCUGCCUGUCAGUGAAUCCAAAAGGAGGUUGGAAAUCCUGUUACUGAAGAUGGAUCGCAACAAUGACAAGCUGAUCGAGCGCACAGAAUUACACUCAUGGAUUCUGCGGUCAUUCAGAAUGUUGUCCGAAGAGGAGAGUUCAGAGCGGAUGGAUGAGGUGGAUGAAGAUGAGGAUGGCUAUGUUACCUGGUCUGAGUAUAUCUCCGAGACCUACGGCAUCACCGAGCCCGACGACCAGCAGCUGCUAGAGAAGGAGGACCAAGCGGAGGAACAGCGACUGCUAAGUGAGGACCGCCAGCUAUUCAACGCAGCAGAUAAGAAUAUUGAUGGAAGACUCGACGACAAGGAAUUCUUGGCCUUCACUCACCCUGAGGAGCACCCAGACAUGCUUCCUGUAGUCUUGCAACAAGCCCUCGAUGAGAAGGACACAAACAGUGACGGAGUUAUUGACUUCCAAGAGUACAUUGGUGACAAAGAGCAAGAUGCUGCAACAGAUGUGAUAACUGACCGAGAAUUUGUGAGAGAUCAUAAACCAAAAUUUAAGGAGAUGGACGUAAAUAAUUCUGGGGUUUUAGAGAGGGAAGAAUUGGGACCAUUGUCAUCCACAAACAAAGACAUAGCAGAGGAUGAAGUGGAUCAUCUAUUUGGUGCUGCUGAUGAUGAUGGAGAUGACUUGCUCUCCUUCCUGGAGGUCCUCGACCACCAUGACGUGUUCGUAGGGUCAGAGGCCACAGACUAUGGUGACCACCUUCAUAACCUGGACCGCUUCGAGGACGAGUUGUGAGGACAUACUUUUGAGCUCUCCAUUUUUUAGGCUGUUAAUCAUAGUGUGAGAUGGAAGUUCAGGUCUGGAUGGUCUCAGAGAACAAAUGCUUUGUGUUGAUAACCAGUAGUUGAAGAAUAUUAAGGAGAAAAAAAAUAACUGACACCACAAGUAAUAGUGAGGAUGUUUAGACUGGGUCAGAUGGUGUUAUUGUUUUUAUCUUCUUUGUAUUAUGCUGUUGUUUAUUUGUUAGCUUUGAACAUACAGUAUUAGGCAAUAUACAGAGGGUUACUGACUAGUUAAAGCCUUGAUCAUAAUCCACCACCUCGAGGUUGUCUCACCUUUUGUUAUUUUAAACUUUGGUAGUUGAUAUUCCCAGGAGUGAACACCCCGCCCUCUGUAUAUAUCCUGAUGUUGACCUUGUUCCUCCAUAAACCAAUGAUCAAUACCACUUCUGAGGCAGCAUUAGACUGAUGCAGCCAGUAUGAGCUUGCUGAACUUGAUGCAAAAGUAAUUAUUUUCAUGUAAUUUUGUCAAAUUUAGGUUACUGGUAAUUCAUAUUCUUUACUCUGUAUAGUUUACUGAUUACAACAAUACUAAUACACAUACCUAGCUUAUUUUCUAAUCUCAGAAAGACUUCACUUUAUUGGACUAAUUUGGGUUGAAACCUGGCUGUUCAAUCCAAGCAUGUAUUAGCUUGCCAUGUUAACAGAUAAUAAUAACAAAAUACUAUACUGUACUAUUGGUCAUCAUGGCUGACAGCAGUGUUGUGUUAUUGCCUUAGACACAAACAGUUCAACAAAAAUAUUAAGAGUUUAUAAUAAUACAGUAUUAAUAUACAGGUAUCUCAUGCUUAAGUGUGCUAUUUAGAAGUUAGUGAAAAAGUCUCAUGUUGUCCUGCACCAAAGCCCAUAGAUCACAGGGAGUCUUAAAGGUGUUAUACCACCACACAGCCAAAUGUCCUGUUUUAGUCAGCUUAAUUUUAUAUAUUUAUUUAUUUUUAUUUGUUUUUUACAUUUGUUUAGCAAGUUAUUAAUAAAUGCAUGAAGGAAAGGAUAAGAAAACUAUUAAAAAAUGUAAAUGUAAAAGAAUUAGAAUUGAUUUUGCCUAAUGCCAAACAUAACAAAGUUUUUCCCAUAAGUUAAAUUAAGUUUGUGGUGUAAUAUCAUCAAAAGUUAACAAGGUAGUCUGUCAUGGCAUCCUCAUAAUUUUGGGGGUACUCUACCGUACUUGUAAAUACUCUCAGUAAAGUUAUUGCACGCCACUCUACUCGCCCACCUUGGUACCCACCAGUCAACAAUCUUUAUAUUACUAUAAUGAAAAGAUGAAAUUUUGAUGUAAAACUCAUAACUCUAAAUUCAGAUAAGAAAUGUACUGUAUCGUCAAACAGAUUAUUCUUAAAGUUAAACGAGGCUCAUCCUAUUGGUUUAGUUCCUUUUGUACAGUACAUGAGGCCCAGUAAUUACCCUGACAAACUGGUGAAAUGAAAUAUCAGAUUAAACAUAAAAAGUAAAAGUAAGUUUCAGCAUGUCAAAGUCCAUUACUGUGAAGUCUUAUUCAUCUAUUAAAACAAAUCUUUUGUCUUAAUGUGAAGUGAUAACAAUGUGUAUGUGGACAAACAUUGUAAGCUGAAGUCCAUUCUUUUGAAUUCAAUUUUGAUGAAAUUUAGUUGAAAUCUUCCCUUUGACAAGAACACAGGUGCUCCUCUACUUACGAAAAUUCAGGGAUACGAACACACCUGUCCUUAUGUCUGAUUGACUGUUUGAACCACAUAGAAAAAUUAUUAUAAACUAAAGUAACAUGCUGUAUUUAUUAUUUGGGUAUUAUUUAUUAUUAUUUACAGUAUGUCAAGUAUCUACAAGAGUAAAGUUGGAUUUACGAACAAUCAUCGGUAAAGUAACUCAUUCGUAAUUGAAGAGCACCUGUACAUGCGAGUAUCGGUGAUCUUGUGUUACCUUACUGAAGUGAUUACAACAUGUCAAGUUCUUUAAUUAUGGACUGAUGCAUUUAGUACUUGUUUUAUUUUUGAAUAUGAGGAACCAAAAACAUUGAAAUUUACCGUAUUGCUACAAUGAAUUUUAUGCACCUUGUAAUAUAUCUUAAUAAGCACAACUGUUCAUUAGUAAUAUUCCUCUCUCACUUUGGAGAUAUUGGAAUCGUUAGUAACUUCUGUCCAUUGUUUUACGUUUAAAUAGUUAUGUGUCCAAGUGAGGGAGUGAGUGGCUUGGUGUGUAUAUAAAUGAACAAGGCAUUUUAUAGGUGGAUGGAGUAGUGUGUGUUCGUGGUGCAUGUGUUGACCUUCAGUUUAUAUGUACAGUAAAGCCUAACUUAUUUGUAAUAUUGAGCAGUGUGUGACAAACCUUUCAUAGUUUUUGUAUGUUAAUUAGUCUACCUUGCAACUUUUUUGUAGUGAAAGUUGAUGUUGACUGAAAUAUGCAGUUAAUAAAAGAUACAGAAACAGUUGUGUCACAAGGCACAGACAUAGGAAUAAGAAUUUAAUUCCGACUAUUUUUUUUUUAAAGAUUGGAGUGAAAUGUAUUUUUUUUGUUAUCUUGUUUUAACUAUUUAUUCUUAUAUGCAGUACAGUAUACAUCUAAGCACAUACAAAUGUAGAAAAUUUUCGUUUGUUCAUAGAGCAACUUAAGUUUUCGUUUUAGUUUUUUAUCCAUUUGUUUAUAAAAAUUGAUUCUUAGUUGUAGUCCAUAGCCAAAGAGAACUUAAAAUUGAACAGACGAGCUGUAUAUACAAAGUGGCUUGCAGGUUGCACACGUCUUGGUUUUCGUGCACUUUGUCAACACUAGUUAAUAGGAAUAUAAAAAAUAGAAUAUAAAAGUAAAGGAUUUGUUGGUGCAUUUCAUAGCUGUAUACUUGUAUAGUCUUUAGUGUCACUUAAGGGUGAAUAUAGAUAAAAAUUGCAGCUUUUAACUAAUUUAAAAACAAAAACAAAGUAUUUUCUGAUACUAUAUAGCCGGAUGAUAAUUGGUUUUUAUGUUCUGUUCGACCCCCAAGUGCCGUGUGUUCAAUAAACCCACUUGAUUUAUA